CAUUUCUUUUCAGCUCUGUAUAGAAGAGAGCACUUACAAAUUUUAGUUCAUUAUCUCAUGAACAUCCUGUAGAUAACAAAUGUUUCUGAAAGUAACAUAAAAUAGAUUGAAAGUAUGGAUUGGUAUAUAAUUUUAUUAUUUAUAUCAAUUUUGAAGAACGGAAUUUGUUUUGAAAAUAACAAGCCAAAUGUUGCGAUUGUGGGAGGUGGUAUUGGUGGCGCAUCGAGUUCACAUUUUCUUACAGAAUUAUUUAAAAAUAAUCUUAACAUCGAUUUGUACGAGGCAAACACAAUCGGUGGACGCUUAGCCACAGUACAAAUUAAUAAUAAUGAAUUUGAAGCUGGGGGUUCAAUUAUACACUCCGAAAAUAAAUAUAUGCAAGAAUUUGUUAAACUGCUUGGCUUAAAACAUAAAUUAUCUCAUGAUAAAAGAAAUGGCAUUUGGAAUGGUGACAAAGUUGUAUAUGAAGAAAGUGAAUGGAAAAUAUUGUCUUUAGCCAAAUUUAUUUAUAGAUAUGGUAUUGAACCAUUUAAACUUAAAAGAUAUAUAACUUCUAUAAGAAAGAACUUUGAAAAAAUAUAUGGCUUACAAGAUGCUGGAAAAUCUUUUACAAAUAUCACUAAUUUUUUAUAUGCCAUAAAUGCUGAAUACCCAAAAUCAUUACAAAUAUCUAUUAAAGAUCAGCUUUUAAAUCUAGGAUAUUCAGAAAAGUUAAUUGAUGAACUUGUUCAAACAUCAUUAGUAGUAAACUAUGGACAAAAUACAAAUAUUCAUAGUUUUGUUGGUUUUAUAUCUUUAUCAGCUGCAGAUGGUAACUUGUGGUCUGUUAAAGGAGGAAAUAAAAAGGUACCUCAGCAUCUGAUAUAUAGAAACAAACAUGUAAAUGUUGUGUCUUCGCGUGUAGUUAAAAUUGUUAACAUAGAAACAAACAAUACACAAAAUUUAUAUGAAGUACAUUAUUGUAACCAAGAUAGUACAAUUGUAAUGAAAUCGACAUAUAACAUUGUAAUCGUAGCAGUUCCACUUACAAGUGACCAGGAAUUUCUUAUAACUUUUGAAGGAUUUCCAAACAAUGAUUUUUAUAAUAUGGAAAAAUAUCAUGAAACUGUAGCUACAUUUGUUCAAGCAGAUUUAAAGCCACAUUAUUUUGGUUUGGAAGAAGAAUUAUCUUCUAUUCUAAGUUGUAAUCCUAAUAAAACAAUAGUUAAUUCUGUAGGAAGAUUAGAUUCUGUAGAAGAUGUAAUAGAAGAUAAAGUUUGGAAGAUAUUCAGCAAUAAACCUUUAAAACCAACAAUUAUAAAGGAUAUGUUUUCAAAUGUCCAAGAAAUAAAACAGAUUAUUUGGAAAGCAUAUCCUGAAUAUUCAACAAGAAUUCAAGAGGCAAAAUUUAAACUGCAUAAUGCUCUCUAUCAUGUCAAUGCCAUUGAAUGGAUAGCUAGUGCAAUGGAAAUGAGUUCAAUAAGUGGAAGAAAUGUUGCAUUAUUAGCAUAUAAAGAUUUUUUAAAUGCUGUUAUAUAA